AUGUCGCCAACCAUCCCCCAUCGAUUUAGACGUCAUGUUCAAAUGUCAGAUUUCGGUUCCGGGAGACCAAGACUACAAUCGUCUCUAGCAAAGACACCACGUGAAUACAUCUCAGUGUCUUCGGAUGAGGAGACAACGGAACCGCCACCAAAGAAGCAUCGAGUCGGCACUCCAGUCGUCGUUUGUCUAUCGGAUUCAGAUGUGGAUUCAGAUGUGGAAUCGAUUAUCAUUUUGGAUGAUUCUGAUGUGGAUUCCGAUGCGUCGAUCAUCUGUUUGGGCACAGACGACGGUUCAGAUUCAGAUGUGGAAGUCCGGCAGGUAAUCUGGAAUAUCGAUUUGACAGCGGAUGACAAGCCGGAUAUUGUUGAUUUAGAAGAUUCCGAUAACGAAAUUCGAGAGAUAUCGAUCAUCGUUACGCCGGCACCGAUUGAGAGUUUAGAGAAUUUAGAAGUGCCUCCUGGAACACCGGAAUCAGAAUCGAGCAAUAAGGAAAAUUCUGAAAUGGUUGUGGAGCAGGUCUCAGAAACUAGGAAGACUCCAAAAUCUGGUCCAUCUCAAGGUGUCUAUAGAAAUCUCCGCGCCCGUCCAUCCAUCUCCAUCUCUUCUGCUACAAAACCAAAAGUGCAAUGUUCAAAGCGGCGUAAAUCCAAAAGAUUGUCGCCACAAGCUCCGCCCCCUUCUGAUUCUAGAGACGAAGGAGACGAUCACCCGAUCGGUGACGAGUACCAAGCCAUAAUUCCACUACUUCUGGAUACGGAUCCAAAUGACGAUUAUGGAGAUGACAAUGAGUAUGAGGAGGAUAUAUGGACACCAAAGAGAUUUGAGAUUGAGGAUUCUGAGAAGAGAAAAGAAAUGGAAGACUCAUUCAACGAGCAGAUCAGAAGUGUCUACUGGCUCGCAAUCUGGCGUCAAUUCAAGGGACGGAUUCUAUUCGAGGAUGCACUUCAGAAUCUGAAAAAGCAUGGAUACGAUUUUGCGGCGAGUCUGCAGACGAUUGAUCAGGUUCUGAAGAAACGACCGAAUGUGAUGAAGCAUCCGUGCAUGGGACAAGCGACACGAAUGGCGAAGCAUGGAUUGAAUGAGAUGGUGACGAUGAGAGAGCUGCAGAAAACUUUGCUCCCCAACUUCCUCCUCUCCGAAGUCCACCACUACCGAUACCAGUUCGUCCGAUUCUUUAUGUUCCAACACUACUGGGACCGCCCGUGUCUCUGCGAGCACGCUCUCUGCAAGGCAAUGGACUUCGAGCCGCGAUUCGGAUGCUCAAAUUGUGCGAAAGACUGGAGACAUUUCGAGAAAGGAGAUCCGAUGUGUCUGAUCUGUCAGACGUAUAAGAAUCUGACUGGAGAGAUGAGACCUGUGAAGGAUACGUACUUUACGAAAGAAGAGAAGCAGUUGAUUGUGAAAUGGAAUGAGAUGCAAAUGGAGGCGGGGAAGGUUCUCAAAAGAGAAGAAUUCGAGAAGUUGAUUGAAGAGGAGAAGGUCAAAAGAUGGAUGAACCUGGAGAUCACUGAAGAGGAGAAGCUUAUGAUGAACUUCCAAGAUCCCAAAAAUGUAGAACGGUAUUCCAAAAUAGCAGCGAAAGGAGAAUAUUUGGUGUCCAAGUUAAAGCCAUUCGUCCUUCCGUUGUUCCCGGCGUGCAAGUGUGACGAGUCGGAGGAAAGCAAACGGAUGAUUGAGAAAGAGAAUCUUAUUGUUCCAAAGAUCCAGAAUCCUGUAUAUGUAUUCAAAUUCGAGAAGAAGUUCAACCCGUGGGUCGACGAGGAGAUGUAUAAGAAGAAACGAAAGACAACAUACCGAAAAAAUCGUAGAAAGUGA